AUGCAAAAAGUCAAACUGUUUUAUCAGCAGGAUGAAAAUGCCAGUGCUGCUCUUCAUGAAUGCCGGUGGUUAAAACAGGUACGUAGAGGACCGAUGACUUUAACUAACUUACGAAUAAUGGUUGAAAGAUUCGAAACAACAGGAAUUCUUGGUUUGCAACCAGACCAAGGACGUAAAGUUAUCAAAACAACGCUUUACAGAAUAUUGAAAGACUUGGGAUUUUCUUUUGAAAAAAGAAAAACACAAGCGUUACUCCUAGAGAGACAAGAUAUUAUUUUGUGGCGGAGGAAUUAUUUGAGAAAAAUUGCUCAUUAUAAGAAACAAAACACUCCCAUUUAUUAUCUUGAUGAGACAUGGGUAAAUGAAGGCCAUUCUCAGAGUCGAGUAUGGCAAGAUACUAAAAUUAAAAGUAGCUACGAAGCCUCCUCUUCAAAUUUAACAGUAGGUUUGUCGGCACCAAAAGGAAAAGGAAGAAGACUCAUUAUUACACAUAUUGGAAGCGAAGAAGGUUUCGUCCGUGAUGCAGCUGAGAUUUUUAUUGGGAAAAAAACUGGUGACUAUCAUGACGAGAUGAAUGGUGAUCAUUUUGAAAAAUGGCUAGAAAGUGUUCUUCCUAAACUGAAGAAAAACAGCGUAAUCGUAAUGGACAAUGCUUCUUAUCAUUCUGUAAAAAUGGAGAAAAUUCCUACAACUUCUUGGACUAAAAAGUCUAUUCAAGAAUGGUUAUCCCAAAAGCAUAUUUCAUGGGAUAAAGACAUGAUUAAAAUCGAACUUUUGCAGAAAGUUUCUGAAGUGAAACAUUUUUAUGAUAUAUAUCGAGUAGAAACUAUUGCAGAAAAAUAUGGACAUACAAUUUUGAGAUUGCCACCUUACCACAGCGAGUUAAAUCCUAUCGAGAUGAUUUGGAGUCAAAUUAAAGGACAUGUUGCACGCGAAAAUAAAACUUUUAAGCUUAAUGAUGUAAAGGAGCUCGUAAUCCAAGCAAUACAAAAAGUAACAAUUGACAAUUGGAAAAAAUGCAUUAACCAUGUAACAACAAAAGAGAAAGAAAUGUGGGAAAUUGACGGACUUGUAGAGGAAGUAUGCGAAAACCAAAAUUUAAUAAUUUCCAUGAACAGUGAUUCAAGUGACAUUGAGGCAGAACUAAUGAGUGCUGAUGAUUUUUGA